AUGAGCAUCCCAGGUGAAGAUGUCGAGUUCGGCCCCAACUGGGCGAACCUUCAUUGGUCCCAGGCCCAAUAUGACCACAUCCAGUUCGCCGAUUUUAAUAAUGUGCAGGUAGCCCAAUAUGGGGAAGUUAAGUAUUUCCAGCCGACAGACUCGGAGGACGAGAAUGCGCCUGAGGUAAACGGUGAGAACGGAGAGCAAAAGAAGCCCGGGGAGGAUGCCGAAGAGCCGGUAGAGGAGGGUGCGUCUGCUACAAGUGCCGCAGCUAAGAAGAAGGCGAAGAAGAAGGCAAAAGAAAAGGCAAAGAAGGCCGCCAAAGCAGCCGAAAAGGCCGCAGACCCCACGCCGGCGCCGGCGCCUGCUCCCGAGGCUGAGCCUGAGCCUGAGCCGAAGGAGGAACCGGAGGAGGCGACAUCAUCCGGCGGAAAGAACAAGAAGAAGAACAAGAAGAAGAAGGACAAGAAAAAGGAGAUGCCGGAAUCACCCUCCCCGUCCAGCCCGGCCGACGAGCCGACCCCCGCUCCUCCGGUGGCCGACGCAGACAAGGCUGAGGAAGCGAAGCCUAGUGAACCAGAGCCCGUAUCUGUUGAGAGCCAGUCAACAGAGCAGGCCAGGGAACUGGCUGAGUCUCAACCCAGCGAAGCCGCUGUCGAGCAACAAACUUCUGAGGCUAAGGCUUCCGAGGAAGAGAGUCAAUCACCUGCUGAGGAGCCGGCAGCGGCAGAGAAGCAGGAUGGAUCGCCGUCUACCGAGCCUGAGGCUGCGGCUGCGAAGGAGGAGUCCACUCCUGCAGUUACGGAGGAACCAGCUGCUCAGGUAACGGAGGAGCCGCCCGCCGAGAUCGCUGCCGAAAGCGAAAAGCCUUCUGAGGACGCACCCGUCCCUAAGUCUGAGUCAGAGGAGGUCCAGAAGCCUUUGGAAGCUGCUGCCCAACCAGAGGCAGAGGCCGAAGCUGAGGCGAAAGCCCAAGAAGAUGCCGAGGAGCCCCCAGCUGCAGAGCCAGAGAUGGCCAAGGCAGAGGACGCGGCUCAGGGCGACGUGAAGGUGGAGGAGCAAACCGCGGCCGCUCCCAAACCCGAGACUGCCGCCGAAGCUGAAACCGCCCCCGAAGCUGAAGCUGUUCCGGCUGCCGAGACUGCUCCCGAGUCUGUCGUUGCUCAAGCCCAGGAGACACCGGUUCCUGAGCCCGAUACCCAGGCCAAGGAAGUCGAGGCCUCCGUGCCCGGUCCUAGCAACGACGCGAAGGAAGAGCCAAUACCCACGGUCGAGGCCGAAGAGGAGCCCACUCCUCAGCCCCAGGAUGAGCCUGCUCCUCAGCUUGAUGUCGUCGAAGACUCAAAGGCCGAGCCGGAUGCCGCAGUCGAAGCAAGCGCUGCUGCUCCGGAGGAUUCCCCAGCUCCGGCGGAGGCGCACGAAACUACUAAAGAGCCCGCGGACGAGGCCGCUGCCUCGGACCCAGCUGAGAAGCCAACUGAGCAGUCAACCGAGCCUGGGCCGUCAGCCGAUGACGUGCCGCCUCCGGUAACAGAGCUUGACACCGUGUCAAAAGAGGAUUCGAUGCCCGACGAUGCACAGGAGGCAGCAACCGAGAAGGAAGCUGAGGUCGCUGCUGAGGUCAAGCCCGAAGCUGCCUCCGAGCCUGCUGCCGAGGAAGGGGCGGUUGAGGCGACGACAGCCGAGAAGUCUGAUGGGCCAACGGACGAACAGGCCGAGGUUCCAGCUCCAGCCGCCGCUGCGGAGAACGAUGCUUCGACCGAGCCCGAGGCUGCCGAAGAAAUUAACAAAGCUGGACCCGAGGUCCCUUCUGCCGAGGAACCUGCGCCCCAAGCUGCUGAGGCUGUCGAGCAAGACAGGUCCGAGGAGGCUGAGAAGCCUGCUGAGACGACCGGUGACAAGAGCGCAGAAGAGAAGCCCGCUGUUGCUGAGCCCGCGGAAGAGGCUAGCGCUCCUGAAGUAACUGCCGAGGCUGAGGUGGCAGCGGAAAGCAGCUCUCCGCAACGCGAUACACAGGAAUUUGCCGAACCUGAGGCCGAGGCUGCCGAUAAGGCCAACGAAGAGGUUUCCAAACCUGAAGACGAGGUCCAGGAGCCUCCUGCGGAGGACAAGACCGAGAUUUCUGCAGCCGACGAGGCCCAAGCGAAUGACGCCACGCAGGCAGAGGAUAACGUGGCGGCCAAAGCCAGCAGCACUGAGCCUGCACCUACUGAGAAGGCGGCAAGCGAGGCUCAAGAACUAAGGCCCGAGGAGGCUGACGAAAAGGAAGAAUCUUCUCCCGCUGUUGCCGAGGAGGUUGCCGAAGCUACACCAGAACCGGCGCCGGCGACAGAGCAGGUUGUGUCUGAGCCAGCUGAGGAAACCAAAGUCGAGCCUGUCGAAGAAUCCAAAGCUGAGCCCGUUGAGGAGGCCAAGGUCGAGUCUUCUGAUGUGCAGCAGCCUGAACAGGCCGGUAAGACCGAAGCAGAGGCUGCGGAGGCCCCCACAGCUGAGGUUAACACUGAGUCCGCGGAAGAGGCCGAAGCCGAACCCACCGAGGAGGUUAAGGCCGAGUCUCCUGACGAGCACCAGCCUGAAUCGGCAGAAGAAACCAAAGCAGAGACCGCGGCGGAGUCCAAACCUGAGCCUAUUGCGGAGGUCAAGGCAGAUGCUACUGAGGCCAGCGCUGAGCCUGAUCAGACAAAGCCUGAACCUGUCGAUCCAGAGGCCAAGAAAGCUGACGCUGCCGAGGUCAACGCCGAACCCGCAGAAGAUGCCAAAGCCGAACCCGCCGUGGAGGUUAAGUUUGAGUCUCCUGAACCGACCGAGGACGCCAAAGCAGAGACUGCAGAGGAACCCACCCCAGAACCGACUGGAGAGGUCGAAGCUGAGGUGAAGGCUGAGCCUACGGAGGAUUCCAAGACCGUCCCCACCGAAGAGCAGAAGCCUGAGCCCGCCGAGGAGACCCCAGCAGAAGCCACAGCGGAGGCCGAGCCGGAAACCGUCGAGGAGGCGGAGGCCAAGCCUGCGGAUGAAGUCAAGGUUGAGUCCGCUGAGGAGACCAAGGCCGAAAUCCCAGUUCAGGCCGAGGCUGAGCCGGCUCAACAGACUCACGCCGAGCCUGCCGAAGAGGCUGAGGCUGAGGUUAAGGUUGAGGCGGUCGAAGAAGCCACCGCUGAGGUCAGAGACAAGGCCUCUCAGCAACCUGAGGCUGCCCCUACCCCCGAAGCGAAGGACGAAGCGGAAGCUGAGCCCGUCGAGGACACCAAGGUCGAAGCUGCUACAGUGACGAUGGCUGAACUGGCGGAGGACAAGCCUGAACCUGCUGAGGAAGCGCAGGUUGAGAGCACCGAGGCUGUUGCCGAGGCUGCCGAAGAGACCAAGGCUGGACCUGAGGAAGUCAAAGCUGAAGCUGCUGAAGAGACGAAGGUCGAGUCCGCCCAGGACGUCAAGACUGAGCCGACGGAGGCUGAGUCUCUAACUGCUGAGGAAGCCAAGCUUGAGACUACCGAGGCUAAUGCUGAGGUCCUCGAAGAGGUCAAGGCUGAAGCUGAGGAGAUUAAGGCUGAAGCUGCUGACGUGGCUAAUGUUGAGCCUACUGAGGAAACCAAGACUGAGCCGGUUGAGGAGUCCAAACCAGUCGAGGAUGGACACGCCGAACCUGCAGAGGCGAAGUCAAUCACUGAAUUCGGGACUGAGGCGGAAACCAAAACCGAGGCUGCUCACGAGCCUACUUCUGACGCUGCCAAGGCCAAUGCGGCGGAAGAGCCGACCGAACCCGCAAAGGCCGAGCCCGCUCAGGAAAACGCGACCGAGACCGCAACGGCCCAACCCACUCCGGAAGCCCAACCUGUCCCAGCCGACGAGGCCACGGCGGCCCCUACCGAUGAUACAACGGUACCGCCGGCUGCGGAGGCCGCCGCCGAACCGGCUGAGAAGGUUGAGGUAACGCCUACGGAAGAGCCCGCGCCCAUCGAAGAAGCUAAUCCUGAGCCCGCUGAAGAGCCCGAGGCUGAGCCUGUCGCGGAAGCCAAGCCCGAGACUGUCGAGGAGUCAAAACCUUCUUCUGCCGAUGAUAACGCAAACAUCGAGGCAACUGCCGCUCCAGCUGCCGAGGGAGAGUCCCAGCCAGAGCCAAACCUUGAGACUGUCAAGGCACAGGCGGACGAGUCCGAGCCUACUGAUGGGUGGAAGCCCGAGCCCGCCGGAGAGCCCAGACUCGGAAUCACCGAGGAGUCCAGUGCUGAGCCAGCCAAGCCCGAUGUCGAGACAGCGAGCGCUGCAGCCGCCAGCGAAGAAGAGCCAGCACCUGAAGCUGUCCAGGUACAGGCGGUCCAACCCGAGCCUAGAGAGCUUCUGAAGCCUGAGCCUGUUGGAGAGACCAAGCCCGAGGCGGACAAGGUUGAUGUCGAGGCGGCUGCUGAGGUCACGAAGGAAGAACCCCAGCCGGAGCCAGCACCUAAGACUGCUGAGGAACAGGCGGCAGAGCCUGAGCUUGUUGAAGAGGUCAAGCUUGAUGAUGUUGAGGCGACCAACGCUGAAGUCCCUAAGGACGAGCCACAGCCGGAACCGACUCCUGAGCCUGUCCUUGAGCAGGCGGCCGAGUCCGAGGCAGCGCAGACGACCGCUGCGGAGGAGCCUGCCGCAAUCGCCGAAAUGGCUGCGGCUAGCAGGUCUGAGGAGGCUGUGGCCCGUGGAGUGGCAGCUGCGGAGGCCCAGAGAGUCGAAGAGAAAGAAGCAGAGACAGCCAAGGAUGAUGCUCCCCGUGACCUGGUCCAAGAGGAGAAGUUGGAACGGAACGACACAACCACCGGAGCUGACGGACCCCCCAAGAAGGCCGAGGCGGCACAGGACGAUGAGAGCAAAGACACGGUUGCUCCGACUCCCAGUGAGCACAAGGUGGCUGCGAGGAAGGCUACAGGUGAGGCACACCCAGUAUUGCUUGAUACCCCCGGUGGCAGUGGCAUUGCAGGACAGGAGGCUUCAGAAUGCAUUUCACAACCAACGGACACGGACUUGGACUUGCGACUUUCGGAUGGCCAUGAUACCCAGGAGACAAAUUUGGUGACCGCAACAACGAUUGCGAGUAAUGAUACCCCUGAUACCCUUGAUACCCCCAACCAACUUAAUACUGGUAAUGCGGUUGGAAAUAAUGAGCACGACACGGAGACGAGGCCGGACAAAGCGCAGGGCGCUUCUAAUCCUGAAGGCAUGGCGUACAGCGAACCAGCUGAACUCGCAAACGGCACUGCCCAAGGAAACACUUCUGAAAAAGCUACCGAGGACCUUCCGGCUGAGCAACUUGACGCCGAGUCUCGGGAUGUUUCACUUUCGAAGACUGAUGUCGCGGCUCUCGGGGCGUCAGCGCAGCAGGAAGAGCAAGCUCAGGAGGUUUCUCUGGAGGAGCAAGCGCCUGCUGAGGAAGCCAAGGCAGGCUCUUCGGAUGCGCCAGCGGAGAACGAGCCAACUAUCAUCGCUGCGGAGGCCAGCCCGGCCGACGACACCACCCAAGGACCCGAUGCUGCAGAGUCUACAGCGCAGGUGUCGGAUGCGAAGAGUGCUGAGGAGCCAACCUCUGAGGUUGUCCAGCCUGCUCCUGAUGUAGCUGAAGGGGCAUUGGCUCAGGAAGCGCCGGCCCCCGUCGAAGAAAUCCAGCAGAACGCCUCUGCUAAAGAACCGGAACCCGUCGUCGAACCUGCCGCCGCCAAAGUCCAAGCCGUCGCCGAGGUUGUCCCUGCUACGGAAGAGCUGGGCCCUGUUGUCGAGCCUCCUGUUCCUGAGCCUGCCCAGGCCGAGGGCCACAUGCAAGCCGCUGCUGCCAAGGCCACGGAAAGCGCCGAUGAGCCUACCAAGGCCGAGGAAGCUCUUGAAACCGAUAAGCCUACCCAAGUUGAGGAGCCGGCGAGUACUGACAAGCUAGCGGUGGCCGAAGACCCCGUUCUCAUCACAGAGCAGCCAAGCGACAUACCCGAGUCCCUUGUUUCUCAGGACACGACUACUAGUGAACGAGAGCCCAUCCAGGGACCCACGACACAGGACACAGAGGUAACCCGGGCCUCAAGCCAUGUUCCUGACGCGGACAAACCCGUUCCUGAGACCUCCUCGGAAGAGUACGUCAUGGUCGAGGCGAGCUCACUCCCCCCUUCGGAGUACGACCCGCGAGAGACGAGCCUCUCUCUGCAGACAGAGACCACCUACCCGCUGCCGACCGACACCACUGUUACGCUGCCCACGGAGACGUCGGUCUCACUUCCCGAUGGCGCGAAGGAGGUAUUGGGCCUCAGGGAAGAUGCCGCAACCGCUGAUGAUGAUUCACACGAGAAGAAGGUUGCGAUUGGCGCGGGCGUAGCGGGCGUCGUGGGUGUUGCCGCUGCCGCUGCCCUUGUUGCGCACAAUCUGCCUUCCUCUGACGAGCCAGGCCUACCGGCGACGGUGGCGCGCCUUGAGGAGUAUGCGGCUAAGCUUGAGAAGUCUAAGCCUUCGGAGGAGACCCUUGCUGAGGAGAUCCCUGGAGAAGGGGCCAAAUGGUCCGAGACAUUGCCAUCGGGUGAGCCGACCGAGCAAGCUAGAUCGGUUGCCACAGCGGAGUCCUCCCAGGUUGUGGUGGACAAGGCAGUCCCGCUCUCCGAGUCCUUCCACGUAGUGCACAAGGACGCGCCAGCCCAGGAAGAAGCGGCGAGUGGUGAAGAUAAGAAGACGGCUUCUUCUGAGGAUGGUGAGGAAUCUGCUGAGCGGCCCGCUGUUGCUGGCGUAGUUGAUGAGGAGAAGACGAUGACUGACGAUGGCUCUCUGGUUGCCUCAAGACCGACAACCGAAGGAACAGGACCGCAACCCCAGCCCCAAACCGGACCCGGACCCGGCCGCCCCGGCCCCGAAGAAGAGCUCGUUCUGGACUUCCGCGUCCCCACUCCUGGUGUCACUCUUCCUGACCUCGACGAUCCUGUGGCUAAACAGCUAAGCCGGAUGCGCAGCCUGCGCCGACAGCGGAGGAAGACCAUCAAGCAGGCCGAGGAGAUGGUGGCUGCCGCUGUGGUCCUCUACGCCACCGCCCAGGCCCUUAGUCCGCCAGGAAGCCCGAGACUUGCCAGUCCAGUUCCCGAUGUCCUUGGUUCGCCCGAAAUGCAUUCUGCUGACGUGAAGGGGAAGGGGAAGGAGAAGGAGGUUGCGAUGCCCGUCCUGUCUCUCCAGGAUCCACCGGCCGAGGACGAGCAGGGCAGGGGCAGAGCCAGGUCGAGAGAUCUUCUUGAUCCUGUUGCUGACCUUUCAGUAGACAAGGCCAGAGAGCCGCUCAAGGCCGAGGAUGCCAGGGUAGCCCACAGCAGUUCCAGACGCCACAGCCACCACUCUUCGCGCCAUCGGUCUCACCACCGUGACAGCCGUGAUGGGAGCAAGGACGACGGCUCCAGACGCUCACACCGUUCUCGAGCGGACAGCUACGCGUCGGUUCGCUCGCGCGGCGAGGAUGAGCCUCCCCCGCGCACCCCCACCCGAGAGGACGGCGGCUUCUCCGAGCACAGGAGCAGCCCGCACUCCCGAAGACACCACUACCGCACCCCAGAGGAACAAGCCGCUCACGAAAGGCGCAAGGAAGAGCGGCACCGUGCCCGCGAGCUCGAGAAGGCCAAAGACGGCGGAGCGCCCAGUUCGCCAGCCAAGGCCGACAAGGACAGCAAAGAUUAUUCGGCCGCGCGCGACCGUGACCGUGAACGGUCUGAGCGCUCCGAGCGGUCCUCACACUCCCAUCACCGGCACAGCUCCCGCCGCCACAGCCACAGCCGCACGAGCAUGGAGCCGCAGCCGCCAUCCAAGACCGAGCUAUCGCCGCCGUCGCCAGUAGCCAGCAAGAAGUUCUUCGACAUCAAAAACGGCCAGAGCGUGCUCGAAGUCAAUUUUGGUUCCUCAUCCACCAAGGAGUCUGCCCUUCCGCUCCCCAUCCCUCUGCCGUCUGCCUCGUCAUCUUCGACGACCAAAGCCGCAAUACCUCCUCCUCCUCCUCCUUCCUCCAGCGGUGGGGAGAGGGAGCAGCUUCUCAGGCGUUCCAGUACGACGCGCAGCAUGGGCAGGGUGCGCAGAUCGGAGGACCGCAUCCCGCGCAGGGAGGAAGAGCCUCUGCCCACCACCACCACCACCACCACCACUGCUGCUGCUGCUGCUGCUACGACCAAGUCCAGCCGGGAUAGAGACAGAGACAGAGACAGAGAAAGGGAACACAAGCACAAAGGGUCGACCGCAACAGCAGGACGUGCAUCCGUGGGCGAGGCAGAGGCAGCAGGCGGGUCGGGGUCAUCGUCCGGCGGGGAUGGGUCGGACGCGCAUGCGGCGCAUCGGGCCAAGAGGCUGGAGAAGAGGGAGAGGGCCAGGGAGAAGGAGCAGUCCAAGGGCGGGCUCAGGGGUGUUAUCAAGAAGCUUUUUGGUGGGAGUGGGUGAAUGUGAAUGCAAUCAACAAGGGAAUGAACGAAAAGAGAGAGGUUGGGCCUGGGGCUGGACUGGUGGGGUUGAGGGCAGUUCAUAUGCGGACUGGGGGGUCUAACGUUGUGCGCAGGUUGACACGGGAGGCGGGAGGAUGGAUGAUGGUGAUGAUGUGAUGAAUACUCUUCUCUUCUCUUGUUUCUGUUGUGACAAGUUAUGAGUCUUAUGAUGGGUCGAUAGCCUGUAUGGACGGACGCUCACGCAUGAGUGUGGAUGUAUGGGCUAAGGCCGGGAAUCAUGGUACUACGUAUCAAGGUGUGUG